CAUGGCGACCGCGAGUUGCGGAGUCGUGGGGUCUGUGCGUGCAGACGACAGCGAUCCUUUGGCCGAUUUUUCGAGCCCGAAUCCUCGUCGCGUCGAUUCGCAUCGAAGAAAUCACGGCAACCGCGAGCGCGACAGCAACGGUCGAGCUCGGCUUUCGUCGGAAGCGUACGGUAACCAACCGGCAAGACGAAGCUCAAAAUGCCACUGUGUUUUGCUUGGCUCUCUUGUGAUCUGUUCCUCGAAAAUCAAUUCUCUGCGUCACGAUUCUUGAUCGAGGAGCGAUUGUAGCUACAAAACGAAGCGAGGAUGCGAUUGCCCGUCCUUACGAUUUCCGAGAGCCAGAGCUCGAAGAAAACAUUAUGUGUACUGCCUGAAGAGAUUAUUUACGAGAGAAAAGGUAAUCAUGCUGCCCUCACACCGCUGGAAGACAUGUCCGCGGGACGAGGGCAGGCAGGUGGAGGUCCUCCUCAGAACUGUGAGAAAGUUUUUAUACAGCGCGAUUACAGUGAAGGUACUAUGGUCAAGUUCCAAACACGGUUUCCUACAGAAUUGGAAAGUAGAUUAGACAGACAAUUGUUCGAGUACACGAUCAAUCAGUUAAACAACUACUUCGCUGAGGCAGAGCGUGCCAGUUGUUCUACAUACUGCGAGAGCUGCCUAUACUGUCUCACAGGUUAUCUGAUAAGCAUAUGUACCGAAACACACUAUGAAAAGUGUCUGCGCAAGGUUGCCAAGUUCGUCAGCGAGCAAAACGAUCGAGUAUACAAGCCACGCGGCCUCCUGCUCACAGAUCCAACAACACGUGGGCUCAGGCUAAUAGAGAUCUCGGUACUAGAUAGACCUGCGUCGUGACUGCAUAUUAGCCGAUCCAGGGAGUUCUUCAUGUGACCCCCCGUGCAGUACUCUGGACAUUAUGUCGCCAGAAUCACAGACAUGCACGCGCUCGUGAGUGCCUGUCGGCACAAUUAUGGAGCAUACCGGUUAGUUUGAGUCAUUUUUACAAGGUGCCGAAAUUCUGCAAGGCUUGAAAGAAGAAAUUUUCCGUCAACGCGAUAUCUUGUAGGCCGCAAAUUGCUCAGGUGUACCUUGCACGAUUAAUCUUGCCGAACACGCGUGUAAUGAGUCAAAGCUCUCUUGUCGUUGGGCUGUGCCUCGUACUUAAUUCUGAAAAACAAAUGUAGAUUGAUUUGGUGGUCAGAUCUGUAAUACAAGUGUAUAAAAACCUGCAGGAAAUAGGGAUGCGGAAAUGUUUGUGAUUGAUUCGUAGGAAUUUCGCACUGUCAAAUCUAUCAAUGUUAUUGUAACAAAGCAAGGUUAUACAAGGUCGGUCUAAUUGUGGCAAGAGAGUCUCAUGUUCAUUCGCAUUCGUGAUCUCUCAAUCCUAAAUGGCAGCUGCUGCGUUCUCGAGGGAGAGCGUGUAUCCAAGCGUGUGGAUGGGUAACAAAGCCGUGGCACUUCUAUAGGUUCAAUUUUCUAUAUGCGUACACAGAACAUAUAACAUACGAAAGUAUAUGAAGUAUAUGUGGCGAAUCAGGUUACGGUGGAAAAACGAAACUUUGUCUUCGUAAAUGUUACUGAACGACACCAUGAACUUACCAUGAACUGCUACUUUGAUUUGUCAUAUAUAUAUAUAUAACAACGGGGUCUACAUAUUUUUUUACUGUUCAUUUAUGACUUUAUCGUAUCACCUGCAUUUAAUUAAUGAGACGUGAAUGAGAUGCGUGUCAGUGUGAAUUACUUAGCAAAGAGAUGGCAUUCGAUGUUAGCAUUUGUUACUCGUGUUUCGUUCAAGUUCCGCCGAACUGAAAACCUCGAUUACGGGCGAGUCUUAUUCUCUACAAAUGCUGACGAAUAAAUCUCCGAGUUCUUCUCAUCUUCCGCGAUGUAUCUUCCAUUGCGUUUAUGUAUCCGCGCGUAUAAAGCAUAAAGCUUUCUCACAUACGUAUGUAUAUUAAAUGGGAUGUUAGUUCGUUGCGCGCGUGUGGGUGCCUCUCGACAGCAAAGAUGGUAGAUUUGAUUGGAAUUACUAGCACAAACAUUUGUCGCGCCGAGACAAAGAAACCCGAGGAUUGGCUAAAAAAAAAAGAAAAAGAAAUUGUGUAAAAAGCGAUGAUCUAUAAAAAAAUAAGUUACAUUACAAAUUGAUUAGCAUUGUGAUCAAGACAAAAAUCGUUUGCAAUAUAAUGCGAAAAAACUUUGUACAUUUUAGUCCGUUCUCUUAGUCGAAACUGGUCACCCAUUGCGACGCUUUUCAUAUUCUGUUCCCGUUAAUUAGUUGUAAAUACUAAUGAUCUCAAACGAUACAACGAUACAACACCAUGUUUAUCUUUACUUUUUCUUACGCGCUUUGGGAGCCUAAAGUAGUACGCGAGACGCAACGCCACAAAGUCUUUUUUUGGCACAACGACAACUUCGAUUCCAAUAUAACAUGAGUCUCACAUAGAGAACGGUACGAUGUACACAUUUAUACAGCACAUUUUAUACGACGGAUAUUUUGGGAACAUCCUUAGGCUGUACUUUAU